GAUGGUGCACGUUUGGGAAAAAUCAAAACAAACAUGAAAAAAUAUGGCAGUAAACUCUCGUUUUGCCGAGGUUUCUGAGGAAUUUUUAGAGAGUUUGAUCGAGAAUUCUGUCCCUGCAAAAACUAAACAGGCUACAAAAUAUGGCAUGAAAAUUUUUAAUGAAUGGUUUGCCGCACAGUCUAAAUUCACUACACCAAUGGAACAAAUGGCCAAAGACGAGCUUUGUCAGUGCCUCCAAAUAUUUUAUGCCGCUGCAAGACAAAGAGACGGUAGCGAAUUUAAAGUUACUACGCUUCGCAGUAUACGUUCAGCGAUUGACAGGCAUUUAAAACAAGCACCAAACAACAAGCCUUGGUCGAUAAUUGCUGACCCUGCAUUUGAGAAAGCCAACAAAACCCUGAAUGCUAUUUGUAAGAAACAGACGAGGGAAGGAAAAGUCGGAGCAAUUGUCCACAAAGCUGCAAUCACGCCAGAACAACUGGAAAAAUUGUAUGAAAGUGGCCAGCUUGGCAACAGCGACUCGCAAAAUCCUCGUCAGCUCAUGCAAACAGCUUGGUUUUAUAUUACCCUCUAUUUUGGUAAACGAGGCCGAGAAAAUCUAGGAAAACUUACCAAACAGAUGCUGGUCCUUCGCUCAACAACACAAGGACGCCGAUACUACGAGUUCCGUCGCGAAGCGUUAAUUUCAACAAAAAACCACCAAGGCGGUCUGAACGACAACAUCGACGAAGCUGACGGCAAAAUGUUUGAAGUUCCCAAUUCACCUCGUUGUCCAGUUAAAACCGUGGAAAACCUAAUGAAGCACCUUAAUCCAAAUCACGACGCUUUGUUUCAACGGCCAAGAGAAAUUUGUGCCAAGUUUCAUGUAGACAGUGAUGAAGUUUGGUUCUGUAAUUCUCCCCUUGGUAUAAACACGCUCGUGAAUCUACUCAAGACAAUGUCGAAAGCCGCCGGGAUAGUCCCCCACCUAACAAAUCAUUGCAUUCGAGCUACGUCUGUCACAGUUUUGUCCGACCACAAUAUAGAGGCAAGACACAUCAAAGCCGUUACUGGUCACAAAUCUGACUUCUCCAUUCAGUCGUACAGCGCGAGAGCAUCUUUCGAACAAAAGGAAAACAUGUCGAAUAUCCUAAGUCGCUUCGUCUCGGGCGAGAGUAAUCCUUCCAUUCAGUCUAGCCACUGCAGCUCUACUUACAGCAAGUCAGACCUUAUGCAAACAUCAUCCUCAAAUUCGACGUCUUUAGCACCUGAAAUGACUGAUCGAGCUAGCCCUGAUGUCCAGUUUCGCAUAGAAAACCAAGCCACAAAUAUCCAGAUGCAAGCUCCACAAUCGUUCAAUUUCCAUGGCUGCACAGUGUCAAUCUUUAACAACAACUACACCAGACAAGAAUGAUCGUUCCCACUUUCCCGUUGAACUUUUCUUCCCUUGGUAGUUGUUUCUUUUAUAACAUUUAAGAAGAAAUCUUACUAACGAACGUUUUUUGGGCAUUUUAAAACCAAACUGUUUGCUUGUGACCGUUGAUCUCGCGUGUAUUAUACGUAUUGUUUACAUGUCAUUUUAUGUCGCGUGAGUGACGUUCGCGCGACCGUAUAAAAUUAAAUUAAUUAAAUUAUUUUU